GGCGGUUGCUGCGCCGGGUACUGGGGUCGCUGCCUGAGGCGCAGGCGCCGUGGACUCCACCCGCCCCGGGGCCUGGGCUCGCUGUGGACUCGUCAUGGCGACCGAGCAGCGGCCUUUCCACCUGGUGGUGUUCGGCGCGUCUGGCUUCACCGGCCAGUUCGUGACCGAGGAGGUGGCCCGGGAGCAGGUGGACCCGGAGCGGAGCUCCCGCCUGCCCUGGGCCGUGGCGGGCCGCUCCCGGGAGAAGCUGCAGCGGGUGCUGGAGAAGGCGGCCCUGAAGCUGGGAAGACCAACACUGUCGUCUGAAGUUGGAAUCAUCAUCUGUGAUAUUGCUAAUCCAGCCUCGCUUGAUGAAAUGGCUAAACAGGCAACAGUUGUCCUCAAUUGCGUAGGACCAUAUCGGUUUUAUGGAGAACCUGUAAUAAAAGCAUGUAUUGAAAAUGGAGCCAGUUGUAUCGACAUCAGUGGAGAACCUCAGUUUCUGGAACUAAUGCAAUUGAAGUAUCAUGAGAAAGCUGCAGACAAAGGGGUUUAUAUCAUUGGAAGCAGCGGCUUUGACUCCAUUCCAGCAGAUCUAGGAGUAAUAUAUACCAGAAAUAAAAUGAAUGGUACUUUGACUGCUGUGGAAAGUUUCCUGACUAUACAUUCAGGACCUGAGGGGUUGAGCAUUCAUGAUGGUACCUGGAAGUCAGCAAUUUAUGGUUUUGGAGAUCAGAGUAAUUUGAGAAAACUACGAAAUGCAUCAAAUCUGAAACCUGUCCCGCUCGUUGGUCCAAAAUUGAAGAGAAGGUGGCCAAUUUCUUAUUGUCGGGAACUCAAAGGUUAUUCCAUUCCUUUUAUGGGAUCUGAUGUGUCUGUUGUAAGGAGGACUCAACGUUACUUGUAUGAAAAUUUAGAGGAAUCACCAGUUCAGUAUGCUGCGUAUGUAACUGUGGGAGGCAUCACCUCUGUUAUUAAGCUGAUGUUUGCAGGACUUUUCUUUUUGUUCUUUGUGAGGUUUGGAAUUGGAAGGCAACUUCUCAUAAAAUUCCCAUGGUUCUUCUCCUUUGGCUAUUUUUCAAAACAAGGCCCAACACAAAAACAGAUUGAUGCUGCCUCAUUCACGCUGACAUUCUUUGGUCAAGGAUACAGCCAAGGCACUAGUGCAGAUAAGAACAAACCAAAUAUCAAAAUUUGUACUCAGGUGAAAGGACCAGAGGCUGGCUAUGUGGCUACCCCCAUAGCUAUGGUUCAGGCAGCCUUGACUCUUCUAAGUGAUGCUUCUCAUCUGCCUAAGGCGGGCGGGGUCUUCACACCUGGAGCAGCUUUUUCCAAAACAAAGUUGAUUGACAGACUCAACAAACACGGUAUUGAGUUUAGUGUUAUUAGCAGCUCUGAAGUCUAAACACUGGAAGAAUUAACUGAAGUCAUAACGUGCGUGAAUUAACAGCUUCUCUAUUUGAUAUUUGAAAUUCUUCUGUAAGCCUGUCUGAGUGUAUGUGGAAACGAUUGUCAAAUCUAAAAUAUCUAUAUAUUAAAAAGCAGGAAAUUGUCCUAGCUUACCCUAAAUUUCAAA